AUGAAUUAAAAUCAAUAAUAAUUGCCUUUCAAAACAUUCCAAUUACUCCAACUCUAAUGUCAAAAAACCAAGAAGUUUUUGAGUGGAAACGUACGUCAAGAGUCAAAACUCAUUGGCAAAAGUAAAAGCACUUUGAGCUUAUAAAUGAAUGCAAAUGAUGAUAGCAUUAAUUUUAUUGUUGAAUUAUAGGAUGAGACAGAAAAUGAAUUCCUUUGUUAUGGAGAUUUGAUAGCAAUCAAACAUUUCAAGAGUUAAUUGUAUGUGAAUACAUCAAAUGAUAACAAACAUGAUGAACUUAAGGAAUUUGAAGUAUACUUAAAUGAAGAGCCUGAGUACUUUGUGAUUCAACCUCCAGAAGAGGAGAAUUUCUCAUUACUGAAGUAUGUGAAUCAACAUAUCACACAUCCUUUUCGAUUGUUGUCCUCUGAUAAUAGAAAUUAUUUAAUUUCUCAACAAAAAAAUGAUAAUGUUUUUUACUCAAUUGGUAGGUAGAAGUUGAUUUCUAAAAACUAACAAGAAGGAAUUUGGAAUUUUGUGCAGAGUAAAUCUACAAACGAUAAUCUGAAGAUUUUUGAUAGAGUACAUAGUGCACCAAUCUUCAUUGAGACUCGAAGGAAAAUAAUUAUAAGGAAUUGGUGGACUGGGUUUACUUUACAUUCACACACUUUUUAUUCUCAGUAGAGGAAAACUCAAGAGGUCACCUGUUAUAGUCAUCCAAGAGAUGAUAACGAUUAUUGGUCCAUUGUUAAAUAAAAUUCUAGGAACACAUCUAAAUUCAUUAGUUAUGAUGAUCAAAUAUUUCUGUAGCAUAUAGAGACUGGCAAAUAUUUAAACGGUUCAGAUCAAGAUUCAUUUUCAAAAUUGGGUAAGCUUGUUCUUUGUUCGGAUAAUGCGGCGUUGCUCAAUACUUAGGCAUUUGACGAUUUCAUUUUAGAAGUGAACAAGCCAUUUACUAUUAAAUUUAAUAAUUAUUUCUUGGCUCAAAGUUCAUCAAGAGCUGAGAGUAAUACUGGUAUACAGCAGGAGUGCAUCUAUGUUAAGAAACAGAGUUAAGAAUGUUUAUGGAUCAUAGAAAAAAUGAUUUGA